UAAACUACUGCAUUAUUUAUGAAGACUCCUUAGAAGACUGUUAGAAAGAAAGGUUAAAUCUAGAUUCUUAAUGAGGCCGUUGGUUUGCCGUUGGUCUUUGGGGGAACUUAAAGGUUCUAUGUAGGACACUUUAAUUUCGUUAGAAUUCCUGAGGAACCCAGAACCAUUAGAGAGCAUUGUUCAGCACUUUUUAUGUGCUCCGGAUGAGUCCAGAUUAUGGUAACAAAAUUCAUUCAUUCAUUCAUCAGUAAGCACUUUAUCCUGGUCAGGGAUACGGAGCUUAAUCCCGGGACCAUUUGGUGUGUGGUGGGAAUACACACUGUAUGGGUUGCCUGUCCACAUAUAGGAGUAACUUACUCUAGCUAAUGGACCUACCGGAAUGUUUUUGAGAGGUGGUAUGAAAUCAGAGAACCUGAAGGAAAUCCACAUGGAUGCAUAGUUGAAAAACAUGUGAAACCCCACAUAGAGCGUAUAACCCCAGCUCAGGGUCGGACCACGGCGUACUGCUAUACAAUAAGUGCUUUAAAGGACAGUUUGUAAAAUGUAAUGAAACCACCAUCGAAUUAAAAAAAACCCAGCUUGCAGCUCCAGGGUCCCCAAAUUCCUGCCUUCAUGUUGACUGGGUUCUCUGGUUUCCUCCCACCUCUCCAUAAAACAUGCCAGGUGUUCACUUUAAAUUGCCCCCUAGGUGUAACUGUGUGUGUGACGCGGCCCUGUGAUGGACUGGCAUCCUGUUCAGGGCGUAUUCCCAUCUCGCACCCUGUGUUCCCGGGAUCGGCUGCGGAUCCACCUCCACCCUGACUGGGGAUAAAACCCUGAAUGAAUAACGACCGAGUAAGACUUCAUCCCCAGACCAAUUUUAUUCUCCUGAUUAUUCUCCUCAGGGUGUAAUCUUUCCUCUUUACCAGUAAUGAUGCAUGAUUAUAUGACUGCACCUGCAUUUGGUUCUUUGAUUUUGUUCUAAGAACUUGGUUCUCACGAAUUCUCCAACUCGUUUAACACCAUUGCAGCGGACACUUCGAAAUAACUGACCGGACUACUUCAGUUAACUACUGUACAUUCGCUCUGCCCCCCCUCCCCCCUCGGUGUGUAUACGCCCGACGGUUGGAGGGAAAAAACCGAAAAGGCCCACGUGCUCCAGGCUGUUGGACGCUGUUGUCUCAGAUACGGUUUCCUCGCGCACGACCGCGCAGCGGAGCGGAGCGACGUCACUGGGUGUCAGCUGUUGGCUCGCGCUGUUGGAAGAGCACUAUGCCAGGAGAACAGCGCGCGUCGGUACCAUGAGCGGUUUCGACAUGCGGCGCGCGAGCCGUUUCGCCGUUUCCACGCGCGCCCUUCGCUCAGUGAUGCGCGUGCGCCCGCUCCAGCGCCAGCACGCGCGGCCGCGUGAUGCACCGCUUUCUUGCGUGAGAACGACACGCGGGAAAGACGAGCCGUGACAAAUCGGAGACGCGAGCACACAGGACACACACACACACACACACACACACACACACACACACACAUUCCGCCAGAAUGACGACUUGUGACGGAGGUCCCCGUGCGACCGCGCGCCGCUCGUAACUACAUACACUAACACACACACACACACACACACACACACACACACACACACACACCUUGUUUGGCUCUGUUGGAUUUCGCACGCGAUCAUCAUGCCGGUGCGGCGGGGUCACGUCGCGCCGCAAAACACCUUCCUGGGGAUCAUAAUCCGCAAAUUCGAGGGUCAGAAUAAAAAGUUUGUGAUAGCAAAUGCCCGUGUGCAAAACUGCGCCAUCAUCUUCUGCAACGACGGCUUCUGUGAAAUGACAGGCUUCUCGCGGCCGGACAUCAUGCAGAAGCCGUGCACGUGCGACUUCCUGCACGGCCAGCUGACCAAGAGGCACGCCGUUGCGCAGAUAGCACAGGCCCUGCUCGGCUCAGAGGAGAGGAAAGUGGAGAUCACGUACCACCGCAAGGAUGGUUCUGAUUUCCUGUGCAACACCCACAUCAUCCCAGUGAAGAACGAAGAGGGCGUGGUCAUGAUGUUCAUCCUGAGCUUCGACUACAUCCUGGACGACGGGAGCAUCGACUCACUGGAGCGCAUCAACCACACGUCGCCGUCCAGACCCCAACACAGAAAGGGCCGUUUCUUCCGUUUUCGCCUCCCCAUGCCGCUAAGCAUGCUGGGACUGAGUAAGCAGUCCCUUCCUCAGGAGGACCCGGACGAGGUGACCGUCUACUCACCCGAACAAAUGGACAUGCGUUCGUCCUGCUCCUCCUCUUCCUCCCUGUCUGUAUCGCUCUCACCACACGAGCUCCACCCUUCCACGCAAGACAGCUGCAGCCCCUCCUACCGCAAUGACACCAGGGCUCUGAUUGGCCAGAACCUGCUGGACUCCUCCUCUCCUGCCUCCGGACCUCAGGACCAGUCCUCGCCACGGCACAUGAGGGAAAGGACGGAACCUUCUGGAUCAGCGGGCAGUGGGAGCGUGUGUACGCUGCGCAGAGCCUCGUCCUCGCAUGACCUCGAGGGAUUUAACACACAUGCGGACAGGACGUACCGUGGCCGCCAUGCUAGCGAAGUAUCGCGCUCUUGGAUGGCUGGGGGGCCGUUCAGCCAGAUCAAGUGCAGUCUUCUGGGCUCCACGUCCGACUCGAACCUCACCAAAUACAGCACCAUCAACAAGAUCCCACUCAUCACGCUCAACUUCUCCGAGACCAACAACGACAAACGCCCCGCCUCACCGCCCUCCUCGGAGAAAACCAUCAUCGCCCCGAAGGUCAAAGAUCGCACACACAAUGUCACGGAGAAGGUCACACAGGUGCUGUCUUUGGGUGCCGAUGUGCUUCCUGAGUACAAGCUUCAGACGCAGCGCAUCGACAAGUUCACGAUCCUGCACUACAGCCCUUUCAAGGCCGUGUGGGACUGGCUGAUCCUGCUGCUGGUCAUUUACACGGCCAUCUUCACGCCGUACAGCGCCGCCUUCCUGCUCAACGACCCAGAGGAGAAGAAGAGGCGCGUGUGUGGCUACUCGUGUAACCCGCUCAACGUGGUCGACCUCAUCGUGGACAUCAUGUUCAUCGUCGACAUCCUCAUCAACUUCCGCACCACGUACGUCAACGCCAACGACGAGGUGGUCAGCCACCCGGCCAAGAUCGCCGUGCACUACUUUAAAGGAUGGUUCCUCAUCGACAUGGUGGCCGCCAUUCCCUUUGACCUCCUCAUAUUCGGAUCGGGAUCAGAGGAGACCACAACUCUGAUUGGCCUGCUGAAGACAGCCCGGCUGCUGCGGUUGGUGCGUGUGGCUCGUAAGCUAGACCGUUACUCCGAGUACGGCGCUGCCGUGCUCAUGCUGCUAAUGUGCAUCUUUGCGCUGAUCGCUCACUGGCUGGCGUGUAUCUGGUACGCCAUCGGCAACGUAGAGAAACCCUAUCUGGAGCACACCAUCGGCUGGCUCGACAACCUCGGCAUGUCCAUCGGCAAGCAGUACAACUACAGCGACCCCUCCUCGGGCCCAUCGAUCAAGGACAAGUACGUGACGGCUCUGUAUUUCACAUUCAGCAGCCUGACGAGCGUCGGUUUCGGGAACGUCUCGCCUAACACUAAUUCGGAAAAGAUCUUCUCCAUCUGCGUCAUGCUCAUCGGAUCCCUGAUGUACGCCAGCAUCUUCGGGAACGUUUCGGCCAUCAUCCAGCGUCUGUACUCGGGAACGGCGCGAUAUCACUUGCAGAUGCUCCGCGUCAAGGAGUUCAUCCGCUUCCACCAGAUCCCCAACCCACUGCGCCAGAGACUGGAGGAGUAUUUCCAACACGCCUGGACCUACACCAACGGCAUCGACAUGAACAUGGUACUGAAGGGAUUUCCUGAGUGUCUGCAGGCCGACAUCUGUCUACAUCUCAAUCAGUCUCUGCUGGAGGGCUGUAAGGCGUUCCGAGGGGCGAGUAAAGGGUGUUUGCGUGCUUUGGCUAUGCGCUUUAAGACGACACACGCCCCGCCAGGCGAUACCUUGGUACACUGCGGGGAUGUGCUCACCGCCCUGUAUUUCCUUGGCAGAGGAUCUAUAGAGAUCCUAAAGGACGACAUCGUGGUGGCCAUUUUAGGCAAAAACGAUAUCUUUGGUGAGAUGAUCCAUCUAUACGCCAAGCCGGGCAAAGCCAUUGCAGACGUGCGAGCUCUCUGCUACUGCGACUUACAUACCAUCGAUAGAGAGGAGCUUCUGGAAGUGUUGGAUAUGUACCCAGAGUUCGGCGACUACUUCUGGUCCAACCUGGAGCUCACGUUUAACCUGCGUGACGAGAACGCCAAGUUCAGUGGUGUUCGCCAGAGGAACCUGUACACGGCAGUGAGUGACUCGGAGCAGGAAGAGAUCAACGCCGGGUCGAAAGCCUGCUUUAAAAGCAAGACCUCUACAGGGACUCCGAGUCGACACAGAGUGGUGGAGAGAGACAGAGGGAGAGACGGAGAUACACUGCAGGGAGAGGAGUAUGAGGAGGAGGAGGAUGAGAAGAGAGGUGAGGAAGAGGUAGAUGAGAAAGAGGAAAAGAGAAAUUUGGGCUUGGGGAUACUCGACCACUCCCUCCCUCUCAACCUGAACACGCUCCCAGACCCCCACGCUACAGACUGUGCAGUGAUUUAUAAAGAUGUGUGUGCUGACAAAUGGUCUUGUGGGAACGUUGAUGACUCGGCAAAAUUUCAGGAGAGAGAGGGCGGAGUUGACUGCGACAGUGACAUCACAUUCGGGGAAAUGGAGCACAGGCUGGACUUGCUGCAGGAACACCUGAACAGAUUGGAGAUUCAGAUGACGUCUGACAUCCAGGCCAUCCUGCAGAUGCUGCAGAGACAGAGUGCCCUGGGGCCUCCAGCCUACAGCACUUUAGCCUCGAGCCCUGAAUACCACAAACCAGCCAUCAGAGUGCAGCCUGUUACUGCUGUACACACACAGUGUUCGCAGAGUCCAGAUUUAGAAAAUCAGUCUAUUGAGAGAGCCAAACCCAAAGACUGCAUACUUCCCACUACCAUGGAGACGACCUCUGAUGUGAGCAGGAUAAAAGACUCGGAGUGGGAGGCGGAGCUAAGACCGACACAGGAAACGGAGCCCUCCGGUUUGCAGCGUCAGAGGACUCUUCAGCUGUCAAUAAGACAAACGUCCCUCCCCGAUUCGUCUCCUCACAAGGACACAACACCAGGACUCCACCGGCCCUCUUCUGACCCCGGGCUUCCAGGGAACCAGCAUUAGGUCAUCACAGAUAUCCACAUAAAUACGACAUGUUCAUAAUGCAUUAUAACCAUAUCUGGAAAUAGGAUGCCAGAGUCAUCGUUCUCCUCUCGCACUGGAAACCAGCGCACGCUAGACUCAGGGU